UCGAAACUGCACAUAGCUGUUCGCAUCGCACUUCUCCCGUUUGCUUUAUAUUUUGCAGUUUUCCAGAAACUUUGUUGUAGCUUUUCUUGAGAAAAAACUUUACUUACAGUAAAACACCGUUGUUGUUUGUGCUGCUGGUCAUCGAUAUCAGCGGAAAAACGGUUCAAAAUAGUGGUUAAGUGUAGCUAACAGGCAAGCAAACCAAAAUGUCCCAGACUGAGGAAGUAAAGCUAUCGCAUCGUACGAGAAAACGCGUCCGGGAUGUGAAGCGAAAGGCUAGACCUGAACUAGCGGACAAGGCUGCCUGGGUACAGCUGGAGUACUAUAAAAAGUUCGAUAAGUUUCGAGAGUUUGAGGACAACGUGGAACGGAUACAUGUGAAGGAUGUGAGCCCACAGGAUUUCAUUGAUCGCUAUGAGAGCAUAUAUAAACCGGUGGUCAUCGAAGGAAUCCAGGAAGGGUGGAAGGCACAGUAUAAGUGGACCUUGGAACGACUAGCCAAGAAGUAUCGGAAUCAGAAAUUCAAAUGCGGCGAGGAUAAUGAUGGUUAUAGCGUAAAAAUGAAGAUGAAAUACUAUAUCGAGUAUAUGCGAAGUUCGACCGACGAUAGCCCGUUGUACAUUUUUGACAGCAGCUUUGGCGAGCAUCAUCGCCGAAGAAAGCUUCUGGAAGAUUAUGAUAUUCCGGUUUACUUCCGGGACGAUUUGUUCAAGCAUGCCGGAGAAGAACGUCGUCCACCGUACCGGUGGUUCGUGAUGGGUCCGGCACGGUCCGGAACUGGGAUUCAUAUCGAUCCGUUGGGUACCAGUGCGUGGAAUGCACUGGUUCAGGGACACAAGCGGUGGUGUUUGUUUCCCACCAAUACUCCGAAGGAACUCCUGAAGGUGACCGGAGCGAUCGGAGGCAAACAGCGUGACGAGGCAAUCACUUGGUUCAAUUUGAUCUACCCGAAGACAAAGCAGCUGGACUGGCCGAGUGAUUGCAAACCGAUUGAGAUUCUACAGAAGCCGGGUGAAACGGUAUUUGUUCCGGGCGGCUGGUGGCACGUGGUUCUAAACAUGGAUGAAACUAUUGCUGUGACGCAAAAUUUUUGCAGCAAAACCAAUUUCCCCGUGGUUUGGCACAAAACUGUGCGCGGUCGGCCCAAACUAUCCAAAAAAUGGCUUAAGGUGCUACAGGAAGUGCAACCGGAACUAGCGAAGCUGGCAACUAAGAUUGAUGUAGGCCAGAGCACCGGUGUGGCGUCCGACAGCUCGAGCAACUCGAGCUCCUCGUCUUCCAGCUCGAGCAGUGACGAGAGCGAUAGCGACUCUAACACGGACAGUGGCCAGGAGUCUCUGUCGGCGCAUAAGACUAAGAAACGUCGGAAAACGGGUGGCGGAAUGAUGGCUUGAUUAUUGUUGUAAGCUAUUUUCGCAAAAAUUCGACGUUUUUUUUUUCUAUUUCUUAUUCCUGAAAGGGAUCUCAGAUUGAGACAACAGUCCUCCGGUUCCCGAACAAAUCGAAACCAGGUCGGUGAUGUUUGCUAGGUUUUUUUCAGUAGGCGGGAGUCGCAAAACGAUUUUCCUCAAGGAUAAAAUUUUAACAAUUAAAAAAAAAACAGUAAACGCUGUGCAACACAAAAGAAGCCAAGUAUUAUAAAUAAACUGAGAAUCACUAUUAUAAUAAUAAUUUAUACGAACUAGAAACGAAUUGAGGUGGUACUAGAAUUCACAGGUGAAAAGAUGAAAGGUUUAGCCAAAUUAGAGAAUUGAUAGAACGUUCGAUUUAGGAUAUGACAACAAAUAAUAGCCUCUCAAGAUACACACAGAUAUCAUAGCGGAUUAUGCAGAUCGAGCAUUGCAUCGGAAGCAGAACAUUCACUGGACUGAGAAACGCGCAGGAUUUAUCAUCAGAGCAGCAAGUUUAAUUGACGGUACUGUGCCUUGAGUAUAGCAAAACAAAUUAAUCCAAUCUUAUAUACAUACUAGGACUAGAUAAUAAACUUCUGCAAUUCGGCAAAAGAAAGAACAAUUCUCCUACCAUUAGACACAAACCAAUUGCAGUGACAGUGCGGUUCACGAGAAAGUGAAAUAAAAAAUCAAA